CGAGGAGAAUGCCCUUUCUCCACGCCAUUGGACAGAGCACUGCUCCCUCUCCGAACACAACUCUACGAAUAUAUACAACUACACCAAGAAUAUAUACAACUAUAAGCAUCUUUGUUUUAUUAGCGGCAUACGCGUGACUUAAAGUGAAUGGAAUGCCUUGUUCGGCGAAUGACAGUGACCCGGCCAGGGACAAAGGAUCGAAUUUCAAAGUGAUUGGCGUAGGCAGCUGGGGCGCCGAAAGUGGAUUCUACGCUCGGCGGUCACAGCGCCGGAUUAGGGGGCGUGAGAAGCGCCCAUGGUUUGGGAGAACAGAUGAUAACAUUGGGUGGGCGUCUGAGGAAGGAGACCGAUUCUGUUUGACGAUUCUGCGCGUUGCGCGGACCAAAGCUGAUGAGUUGCUGGUACCAUAGCAUGGAAGAGCAAUGUUGUCAAGAAAAGGUCUUAUUCCCGAUGAUUUUUUGCUAACUCGUUUAGCGGAAGAUGUGCGCCAGCCGCAAUUCAAAGCGGUACAGAGAAAGGCUCGCUUUGUCGCCAAGAACGGGACUUGUAACGUAGCCCACACGAAUAUUCGCGAACAAGGACGCUUUCUGCAGGACGUCUUUACAACAUUGGUCGAUUUAAAAUGGCUCUAUACGCUCAUUAUAUUUACCAUGUCCUUUCUGUGCAGUUGGUUUUUGUUUGGCAUGAUCUGGUGGCUUAUAGCGUUCGCGCACGGAGACCUUGACCAGCAAAAGGAAGACUUUAUCCCGUGCGUGACCGACAUUCAUUCCUUCUCCUCAGCCUUCCUGUUCUCCAUAGAGGUACAGGUGACCAUCGGUUUCGGUGGGCGAAUGGUCACCGAAGAAUGUGUGUCAGCCAUCAUCAUACUACUGGUUCAGAAUAUCGUAGGACUGGUUAUCAACGCCAUCAUGCUUGGUUGCAUCUUCAUGAAAACAGCCCAAGCCAAGAGACGUGCCGAGACGUUGAUCUUCAGCAAACAUGCAGUGAUCUGUCCUCGUAACGGGAAACUGUGCUUCAUGAUUCGUCUUGGGGACCUACGCAAGAGCAUGAUCAUCAGCGCCACCGUAAGAAUGCAGGUGGUGAGGAAGACCACCACCAAGGAGGGAGAGAUUGUUCCUCUGGACCAGAUAGAGAUCCAGAUAGAUAACCCUGUUGGAGCGAAUGGAAUCUUCCUGGUGUCCCCACUCAUAAUCUGUCACAUCAUUGACAAAGACAGUCCUUUGUACGAACUGUCAGCGGAAAACUUACAAAAUGAGGACAUAGAGAUAAUAGUCGUGCUGGAGGGCGUUGUGGAAACCACGGGCAUUACGACCCAGGCCCGGACGUCUUACCUGUCAGACGAGAUUUUGUGGGGACAACGCUUUGUGUCCACAGUGAGCGAGGAGGACGGGAUUUAUGCGGUGGACUACUCUAAAUUUGGGAACACGGCGAAAGUGCCUACUCCAGUCUGCAGUGCGAGAAAGCUUGAGGAGAGCGGCGGUAUGGCGCUGCUCAAACUUCUAGAGUCCACUCACUCCAAGGGCACUGUUAGGAGGAGACGUGUCAAACAGCCCAGCAUUAGCCAAGAACAGGAGAAGACACAGGCCUCGAGCCACAGUAUGAGCACUCGGGCGGAAAUGUAAGGUGUACUUAUGAAAAACCCUUGUAUUAUGUAAUAUCUAUUUUAUAUUACCGUUUACACACGCGUGUUCAGCAUACCUUGAAUGCACUACAGAGAUGUUUUUCUUGAACCCUUCCUCGGAAUGUUUCCCAAAGUUGAACUGACUGCAUGUCUCCACUUCUCAGGGUGCGCUAAAGGUCUUUAAGCACAUACAAAUAUGCAAUGCCAUGGGUACAUGACAAGUAGCAGACCUCCAUGAGCCCUCAAUGCUGGAUUGCCUUUAUUAUAGUUAUUAUAAUUUAUAUUUCAAGCAGUGGGUGGGUGUAUUAAAAGGUGAAUGAACAUGA